AUGCAACAAGAGAAAGCCAUUACUUACAAGAGGCACUACCAAAAGAUCACAGCAGUAGCCAAGAAGACACGAGAGCAUCUUGAUAAUGCUAUGCAAAGCAUCAGCCACCUGCACCACAAAAACAAGUCACUCACCAAACAAAACCAUGCACUCGUAAUGCACAUCACACAUGCCUCAGCAGCAAAAACACAUGCAAACGAGAAGGCAUGGAAUAUCCUUGCCACCAAAGCUGCCAGCACCUUUUCUCUCAAGGAGAAAGGCAUGUCUACAAAUGUAUCCUGUGUGAUGAGCAUCAAUGCCACAAUCAAUGUGGUAGUGGAGGCAUUAGGUGUUGAGGUGGAGGGAGAUGUUAGCCAAUGCAGUAUUCACCGGAUGGUAAUUGAAGGUGGUAUUGCAGCAGAGACACAGCUAGUUGACAAGAUCACUUGUGCAAGAGGAAUUCUGCAUGAAGUCAACCACACUAGCGAGACUCAGUUGCAAGGGUGGAAACAUCAAGCUACUGAAAUGUACUCCACCUACAAUGAUGUCAUGGAGGGUCAUGAUGCUGCAGACAUUCAGGAUUUUGCCCCAAAAGUCAAAGGAAUAUUGACAGACCAUGCUGAAGACCAGAAGAAGCUUGUUUGUCUGUUUGCAGAGUGGAAACAAGAAUGCAAGCAAGAAGUUCAUGGUGAAAAGGCACUCACCUGCUUACCUCUGGCUGAUGUCAUACAUCUACUUUCGGAAAUGAUGGAAAAUGUCAUUGAGACUGUGGGUGGCUAUCAGCAAUGGGAUUUGCUUUCUCCAGAUGAGUGGCAGCUCCAUUCUAGCAAAGCCAUCCAUCAACUGUGCAUGACCUUUGGAGAGAAGGAGUUUGCAUCCCUCUCAAGUGCUGAAAAGGAGGCUGUGGAUUUUUUCGUGUGGGCAGGCUGUUGCAUGCAUAAGGAGCUAAAUGUGGCUAAAGGGGGGAAUACAAGGAUGCAAGCAUGGUGGGAACAGAAUGGUGUUGACAGCCCUGUCCUAUUGAUGAAUAAGGACAAUGCAGCUGCAGCAUCAGCAGGUUCCUCAGUAGCCAAAGAUCAGGCUGUUCAGGUGUCAACAGGAGGUGGGCAGAAGACUUUGGAUCUUGCAGGCAGUGUAUUUUAUCACAAGGAUGACAAAAAGGGCCAACACUACUCCCUUCAAUAUUAUCUUGAGACAGAGUUAGGGUUCACCAGUCAAUGGCCUGACACAAGUAACACUUGCUAUCACAGCCAUGGUGAUGCUGCAUGCAAGUAUCUUGUUCACAAAUCUUGGUACAUGCAGUUCCUGGAGAUCAUACUAUUCAAAAAAGAAAGCUGGACACACACAAACAUGGAGCAGAAUGUCUUCCAAGGCUUCUUGUAUGUUGACCUUGUUUUGGGUCCAAGCACCUCUCACGAAACAGCAACCCUGGAUGGUAGGCCAUUCAAGCAUCCAGAGGCAUUUUAUGCAAUCCAGCAAAUCGCCCAAGACCAAAAAAAUUACCCUCACCUUCAUUGUCUUCUUGUCACAUUUUUGGAAGGUGCUCUUGACACUUGGGUCUGCUUUUGUGGCGAGUUCACUGCUGGUGGAGUGAUAGAUAAGUCAUCCACUGCUCAAAGAGAGAUGGCUUACAUGAAAACAACAAAUGACAACAACAAAGGUGCCCUAGGGACAGUCCAUACAUCUUUGCAGCAAGCACUGCACAUGUCCUUGUCACACCUCAACUCUUGGUUCAUAUACAAGAAGAACAUGACAGGAACUUACAUACAGAAUUUUCUUCAGCCAGGGGCUCAAAAGAGGUUGCUCAAGCAGGCUCAUGCUGCUAACUAUGAUAAGGAGCAGGUGAGGAAGAACAAGCAGCUGGAUGUGUGGAGGAAGGAAUGGCAGGAUGCUGCAGAGGCUAAGCUCACUGCAGUUGUGCCUCAUUUGACCCUUGCAGAAGUUGAAAAGCUCUAUGUCAACGAAAUUAACCUGCAGAUCCAGUGGCAUCGUCAAUUUGACAAGGAUGUGCCUGCUGCAAAAAACACACCAUCAGGAAAAGCAAAAAGGGUUGAGCACUCGAUGGAGCAGCCAGACGGUAGUAACAAUGCUCAGGGAAUGCUUGGAUGCUUAGGAUGA